UGUGGCCCUGUGACUCCCGCGGAACGGAGCGGCACCACCGGCGAGGGAUGCGGCUCGAGCCCACACCGAGAUGACGCCUGGAAUAGAGGAUGGGCGUCGGAAGAAGGAUAUGAAAUGGAAGGCAACAGCGGCUUUGGCAGUUUUACUUUCAUCCGUCAGUCUCUCAGAAGGACAAUGUUUUGGAGGCACGCUGACCUACGAGAAGACCGUGGGGCGCACGUUCCAGCCUCGAGGUGCCGAGACUCAGGACCUGCUGGUGAACCCCAACUCGCCGGUGGUACGGGACUGCACGGCGCUCUGCAGCCAGGCAGACUACUGCCGCGGCUUCGUACUCGACUACCCGUCCGGACGGUGCACGUCGUAUGACCUGGAGACCAGCGGCCGCGAGGUCGACCUGGUAGAGAGACAAGGCAGCAGCUACUACGAGGAGAUAUGUCUCCGGGGAGUUGCCGAGGAGUUCUCGGAUAUGUGUGGUGACGACCGGCUCUGGGUGUUUGAGCGCGUGCUCGGCGCCUCACUCGAGGGCUUUGACACCAAAGAGGUGCGAUCCGUUCAGAAUCGGGUCGACUGCGAGCGUGCCUGCCUCAUGGAGACAGAGUUCAACUGCAGGUCAGCCGACUACGACAGCGUGGCUCGCACGUGUAGUUUGAGCAGGGAGGACCGGCGCACUCAGCCGGACGCCUUCCGACCAGGCCGAGGGACCACCGAGUACCUCGAGAACCAGUGCGCCAAACAGCUGCCCGACUGCCGGUACGACCCUCCGGAGCGCGGUGUGAGCGUUCUCACCCCCGACUCACUGGACUUUGCCAGCUCCGCGACCUCCUGCGAGACCGCCUGUACCAACGAGCGGCGCUUCGUCUGCCGCUCGUACACGUUCGACCGCGAGCGGAACAGGUGCUACCUGAGCGGUGACGACGCCGUCAGCCUGGGACGGGUGACGCUGCCGCCGCUGGCUGAUGCCGUCACCAGCCAGCGAGUCUGCACUCUCGAAUCGUGUGACGACGGUCUUCUGACCUACGAGAAGAUCACCGGCCACAUUCUGCGUGGCGCCGACCAGGAGCCUUUCGACGUCCCCUCGUCCACCCUGCAGGGAGUCACCACCGCCUGCACAGAACAGUGCGAAGAGGCGGGCUCCGAGUGUCCUGCACUGGUGAUUGACUACUCCAACCAGCGCUGCUACCGCCUGGACCGCAACACACAGGGCCGCACCCGCGACCUCCAGCCGAGGGAGGACUAUAACUACUUCGAGAAAAUCUGCCUCGGGCGCGCGGCCAGGUCCCAGUGCCGUACAAAGACUUGGGCCUUCGAGCGCGUGCCAGGAAUGCAGCUGCGCUUCCAGAGGGGUGACCGCGUCCUGCGCCAGGUGCCGACCAGGAAGGACUGUCAGAACGCCUGCCUCGAGGACGGCUGCCGCUCAGCGACGUUUGACUCGGAGAACCUCGAGUGUCGGCUGAGCCGCGCCAGCCGCCGUCAGAUGCCCGAAGACUAUGUCGAGAGCAGCCGAGGCGUCGAGUACCUGGAGAACCAGUGCAUCGGAGCCGACACGCGCUGUGACUACGCUCCGCUCACGGACAAGUUCCCGCGCUACAUCGACCAGACGAUCCCUCGCGUGGACCGAGUGCGCGACUGUGAGCGCCUGUGCACUAACAGUCGCGAGUUCGUGUGUCGCUCGUUCUCGCUCUACACUACCGCCGGACAGUGUCUGCUCAGUGGCGACGACGAAGCAGUGACCACAGCGGGCUUAGAGUGGAGUGAGUUCGGACCCGAGCUCGACCCGUACCCCGGCGGUGAACCGGCCACGGAGCCAACCACCGAGCCGAGCAUACGGAACCAGAGCUCCUGUGACCAGUACGAGCUGAUCACUGGGGUCGAGAUGAGGCAGGUACGCGGCGUCGAGCUCACCUCGGGAAGACAGGGCGCCGGAAUCAUGGCCGACUGCAUCCGAGCGUGUGACCGUGACCGGCGCUGUUCCGCCUUUAACCUCGAGCACGGAGGGGGCACUCGCCAGCCGCCGCGCUGCUCGGCGCUCGAACUCCGAGAGAACGUCGAGGUCGACUCCCGCGACCUCACCGACACUCCGGGCGUCAGCUUCAUGCAGAAAAUCUGCCUCAGAAGCCGAGGCUGUUCCAAGCUGUACACGUUCGAGCGGCUAGUGAACGCGGAGCUCUCUGUGCGAGAAGACAGGGCCCUGCGCGGCGUCUCCAAGACCGAGUGUCAGGACGCGUGUCUGAGUGAGCGCAGCUUUGAGUGCCGCUCUGCCACGUACGACUACCGCGACCGACUGUGUCUGCUGAGCCGGGAGACUCGGCAGAGUGCGCCACGCGCCCUGCGCCGCACCAACGGCAAGGACUACUUCGAGAACCAGUGCGCCAGAGAGUUCGAGGACUGUUCGUACCGCAACGAGGCACGCGACGCGUUCCUGUUGUAUACGCACAAAGCGGUGUCAGCGUUCAGUGACGGCCGCUGCCGAGAGGCGUGCGACAGGGAGCGGGACUUCAACUGCGCCUCCUACUCCUUCCUGCCUCCGAGCCGCGCUCGCGACAUGACCUGCCUCCUGUCGGGAGUGCGGGCCGCAGACCUGGACCGCAGCGGGGUGCGUUUCCUGGAGGGCAGUCUGUACGCCGAGAGGGUCUGGUCGAACGAGGUGGACACGGACGGUCGUCGGUCGCCGGACAUCCGCCGCUGCCGGGUGACGCCCACUUACGAGAAGGUGCUGAACGUCGAAUACAGGCGAGCCAGGAGGUUCGACAUCGAGAGCCGAACGCUUUUGAACUUUGUCCGCUUUUCAUUUUCCCGCCAUCAUCUGACCUCCGCUGACCUCCUCCCGCAGUGUGAGCGCAACCCGCGCUGUCUCGGCGUCAGUCUGGAGUACGGAGAGCGGGGAGAGCGCUGCUACGGCCUGGAGAACUCGGCCGGCCAGGACGGCGGCUCCCUCAGCAACGCCGACGGCGUGGCCUACUUCGAAAAAGUCUGCAUCGAACAUCGCACGUGCGGCAAGGGGUGGACGUUCGAGCGUGUCCCCAACUACAUGCUUGAGGGCCACGACGACCUGGUGCAGCGGCGGGUACCCAGCAAGGAGAUAUGUCAGAUGCUCUGCCUGCAGAACAUUCGCAUGCCUUGCAGGUCUGCCGAGUACAACUACCGGGAUCAGACGUGCACCAUGUCCACCCAGACACGGAGGAUGCAGCCGCGUGACUUUGUCUACGCCGAGGACGUCGACUAUCUCGAGAACCAGUGUGCUCCCGAUCCACCAAACUGCGAGUACCGGGACGUGGAAGGCCGUUUCCUGCCUUACGUGGACCGCAUGUUUGCCCGAGUCCGCAAUAAGCAAGAGUGCAUGAGAAACUGUGACGUCGAGCGCGACUUCAAGUGCCGCAGCUACAACUUCAACGAGCGUCAGCGCGAGUGCACCAUCAGCAGUGACGACUCGACCAGUCUGGGGGAGUCAGCUCUGGUGGCCGACACAGAUAGCGUGUUCAGCGAGAGAGGCGUCUGUCGCACCGUGACCGUCGAAUGCACGAAGAACGACAUGCAGGUGACCUUCAGUUUCGGCCGGAGCUUCGAGGGCCGGGUGUACGCGACUGGUAACGCCCAGGCCUGCUUCGACAUGGGCAACGGCAGACAGGUGGUCCAGCUGUCCAUCCCGCUCGGAUCCCGCUGUGGCACCGUCGAGGAGGGUCGCGGCCGGUACGUGAACCACGUGGUGAUCCAGCAGCACCCAACCAUCAUGCAGGAGUCGGAUAAGACGGUGCGAGUCGAGUGUACCUUCGACGCCAACGACCAGACGGUGACCCUGGCUCCCACCGGGAACCGCUUCACCGAGGGAGGCGGCGUCGACGUCAACGCGCCCUUUCGGCCGGCGGGUACUUCAGUGGUUACGAACACUGCGCCGACCCCUAGUGUUAGUCUCCGAAUCGUCGGCCGCGCUGGACGCGACACGGACGAGGUCAGCCUGGGCGAGGACCUGACCUUCAUGAUCGUCGCCGACCCGGGCAGCGCGUUCGGCAUCCUCGGAAAGAGCGUCGAGGCGCGCACCGACAACGGCGAACUGCUGCCGCUCAUCGACGAACAGGGAUGUCCGCGCGACAGCAGCAUCUUCCCGGCGCUUCAGCUCGAUCGGCAGACAAAGAACCUGAUGGCCAACUUCAAGGCCUUCCGCUUCCCCAGCACGGCGCGCGUCAACUUCUUCGCGACUGUGCAGUUCUGCCAGGACGAGUGUCCUCCGGCGCGCUGCCCUGGAGGCAACUCGUACGGCCGUCGUCGGCGCCGAUCGCUGAACGACACUGCCGAGCCAGACACGGAGGAGGGCGUAGUGAUGACUGCCACCGCUGAAGUACCCAUGGACCUGAGAAUCGGACUGACCGCUGACCUGCCACUAACGCUCUCCCCCGUCCCAUCGACUAGUACCACCGCUGUUCCAUCACCAGCAGCUGAUGUGGUCUCGGAAGCGGGCUCUUCGACAAGCAUGGCUUCCCAAGCGCCUUCAGAGCAUCCAUCAAACUUCGAAGAGGAGCCAGUUUGGACUAGCUCCGAGGAGACGGACACUGAGCCAUCUGACCAUCCUGCAGAUGAACCAUACGAGCAACAGCCGGACAAUAACCCUGCAGAUCGUCCGAUAAACUCGCUAGACCUCGAUGAAAACCAGAACGAAAUCUCAGAUAACCUGUGGGAGGAGCUCCCGGAGGAAGAGGAUGAGGAGGUUCCCGUGGGCCCGCGGGUGGCGGCGGUCCUCUCCAAGACCCGCCGCCGGCCCGCUCCGGAGGAGGACCCGCAGGAGAAUGAGGUGUCUGAUGUCGCACGGAAGGAGCCCGAUCCUCUGCUGCCGCAGGCACUGCCGCUGACUGCCUCGCUGAUGGUGGGCCCGGACAUCUCCUCGGAGAAGGUGCGGGUGCUGCUGGAGGACGGACUGGAGGCCGCAGACCAGGCGGUCCAGGAGGCGGCCGAGAGGCACCGCGAGUACGACCCAGUGUUCGGACACAACUGGACUGGCCGCCACGACUACUUCACUGGCCGUUCGUGGGCGGACGAGGUGUGCACGCCUCGCUCCACCGUGAUCGCCGCCUGCGUAACCCUGGCGCUGGCGCAGCUGGGUCUUAUGCUGGGCGGCAUCGUGUUCUACCGGCUCAGGCGGCGCCGCUGGCAGGCCGCCCUCCGACCCAACAGCGUUCAGCCUCCGGCCGAGGACGUUAUCUACGCCACGCCGCAGGAACUUGGCAUCGGCAAAGGCUACAGCGCCAGCGAGAUGGGCCUCGGCAGAGGCUACAGUCGCUUCGGUCGAGCGACGAAGCAUGACUUCCCCGUGCCACUGCCGCGAGGUGGUACUUGAUUGGAGAUGGUGGAGAGGAAAGACAGUGCUUGGGAGAAGAGAGAGUGUAAAGAAUGCGGCGAGUGAGCUAGAGGAACAGAAAGAGACAGCAGACAGAGCAGAAACAUUGACUGAACAUGCUCUUCGUGCAUGCCAUUCCAUUGACAUUGCCUAGUCAGUAAGUUCAUGAGUGCUAUAUUGAUGUGGCAUGAUGGAUAAAUCAAAUCAUCCUGUGAGUGUGUUGGCCGCUGUAUAGUGAAACGGCUGCACCGUGCUGUCGCGCUAGGUUAGAGGUUCAUACGCAUUACCCACCGCGCUGUGUAACUCCACAGAGACAUUUGACCGUCGGUGGUGCCCUGUGAUGAAACGCUCGCGUGAUCCGGUUCCUGCUAGAAUCCUAAAGGUGUCUAAGUUAGUGAUAAGUGUGCGCAAGGCAACAUAAUAUGAAGUAAGAACAAAUUUCGUUUUGUUAUGGAAAUUUGUCCGAUUUGUAAUAAUCAAAGCUGUAGAGCUACCGACAAGGAAUCCCUCUCUUCGCCCUCUAUUAUUUACGGAUACGGCACGCGUCCAUUGCCGCCGGUCCGGCCGUCACUGUCCACCGUUACAAGGGGUUGCCAAUGAAGCAGGCGUCAUUUCCCCGGUGGGAGUGGGGACCCGACUCGGGACUCAGCGCCCAGGGGAACAGAGUCGCCGUCCCCGCUCCCACUGGCCAGGCUUGGUACCCCGGGUAGUCUGUACGGAGUUAUCUUUUAACGCGCACCCCGCAUUGCUUGUUUUGCGAAGUGUCACCCGCUUUUCAGGUUAAGUUUCUCGUCUUUGGGAUGAGUAGUUUAUCAUUGCUUUCGGCAACUUUCCAAGAAAUACAUAUCAAUAAGCUACCAAUCUGGCAAGACGGCCGGGUUCAUAUGUACUGGGAUUUGUGGCAUUGACGGUGUUAUUAGCUAAGUGGCUGAUAGAAUGGACUGAGGAUGGGCAUUAGCUCGUGUAUUGGACUACGAUACACUGUGAACGUUUGUUUGCUAAUCGCUUUUGCACGCUUUCUGCACUAGUGACGGUGGGAAAGUGACGGCCAGUGUCCGAGAUGUCCUGUAUGCCUCGCACUUUUCGUAAAUAAAAAAUGACAAAAGUA